CUGCUCUCACGCAGCUUCUUGCUGCUCGUCUUCCCCCCUCCUGGAUUUUCUACUUUCAUCCGCAGCCAAGAUGAGACGAAUCCUCCUCGUGGUGGUGGUUGUUGUUGUCGCGGCUCUCCUGACAGAAAAUCUAGCGGUUCCAGUUUUCAAAGAGGGGCAGAGAGAAGAAGACGUGGUGACUCGAUGUUUGGUUGAAGUUCUCUCCAAAGCCCUCUCCAAGCCGGACUCUCAGCUGGACCAGGAAUGCAAAGACAUCCUCCAAGCAGGGGUUAAACAUGCCCCACUGGACAAGAAGAGCGAGGAGGGAACGGUAGCUAAUGAAGAGGUGGUUAAAGGUCAUGUUGAGAAGCCCGAGGCAAAGGUUGCAGAUGUGAAAGACAUCGAGGCACUCCUGAAAUCUGUGGAGGAAAAAAGGGAAAUCCCAGAGGAUGAGCGCAGUCAGGAAUCCUGGAGUCUGGGUGAUGAGAAAGACAAGAGGCACGACAACGAAGUUCUAGAAGAGCGGGAGAAGAGGAGCGGUUGGAGGCCGGGUAGGUUCCACCAGAGGAAGAGCAAACGAGGAGAGGAAGACGACGACAACGAGCGGAGUCAGGAGAGCUGGGGACUUGAGGAAAAGAGAUCACCAGAUGAAGAAGACGACUACAGCGAAGAAAGAGAGAAGAGGAGCAACUGGAGGCCUGGAAGACACCACCAAAGAAAGCACAAGCGAGAUGAGGAACCUCUGGGGGAGGAGCCAGAGGAAGAACGGAGCCAAGAGUCCUGGGACGUAGACAAAAGGAGUGACGGUGAGAGGUACAAGCACACAUGGAAGCCGACACAUCGCUAUUAUCACAACAAAGGUCUCCACAAACGCAGUGACGAACCACCAGAGGGCGAGGAAUAUGAAGACCGCAGCCAGGAAUCUUGGGGCCUCGAUAAGCGGGACUGGAGAGCCGGAAGGUUCCAUCAGAGGAGACACAAACGGGACGAGGAGCUCUCAGAGGAGGCGAGGGACGACCCCGAAGAAGACCGCAGCCAGGAAUCUUGGGGUCUGGAUAAGAGAGACUGGAGAGCGGGAAGGCACCACCAGAGGAGACACAAACGGGACGAGGAGCUCUCAGAAGAAACCAGAGAUGAUCCAGAAGACGAGCGCAGCCAGGAGUACUGGGACUUCGACACCGGGAGGGAGAAGAGGGAGUGGAGAGCCGGAAGGCACCACCAGAGGAGACACAAACGGGACGAGGAGCUGUCAGAAGAGGUCAGGGAUGAGCCAGAUGAGGAACGCAGCCAGGAAUACUGGGAUUUUGACACCGGAAGAUAUAAGAGGGACUGGAGGCCUGGCAGGCACCACCAGAGGAGACACAAACGCGACGAAGAGCUCUCAGAAGAAGCCAGGGAUUACCCCGAUGAAGAACGCAGCCAGGAGUACUGGGAUUUUGACACCGGAAUAUAUAAGAGGGACUGGAGGCCUGGCAGGCACCACCAGAGGAGGCACAAACGCGACGAGGAGCUCGCUGAGGAAGAGAGAGAGGAACCGGAAGGGGAACGCAGCCAGGAGUACUGGGGUUUCGAUAAAAGGCACGAAAAGGGAGACGUAGAAAAGCACAUAUGGAAGCCGACGCACCGAUACUACCACAAAAAUGUGCUUCAGAAGCGAGCUGGAGGAUCCUCGGAAGAGGAAGAACAGAAAGCCGAUUCGGAGGAAGCAAACGACAAAGAUGAAGCUCUGAGAUAUCUGGCAGAAAAACGCAAUCCCUGGAUAUUCAGAAGCUACUACCACCCUGCCUGGUAUAAGAGAGACUCAGACGAGCACGCUGCAACCUCAGACAAGAUGGCUGAACUGGCCAGGUUGCUGAACUACAAGAUCAACCAGCUGGCGAGCCACUCCACUCAAGAGGAGGCGAAGAGGAACGCACAGGAGGGAACUCUCACUCCACAGGAGGAGAAACAGCUGGAAAACCUGGCAGCAAUGGACAUGGAGCUGCAGAAGAUCGCGGCCAAGUUGCAUGAGAACGCCGCAUAAAUCCAGGAGCAGCUCGACACUCGCUGUCUUUCUGUAACGUUUGCCAAUCUAAUGUGCCAACAGUGUUAACCGUGACAACAAAAUAAUUACAAAAAACAGCAACCCUGGAGCCUUGCCAAAGCAUCGUAUCGACUUGUUUCUCAUCGUUUUUGUGAUAGUUUGGUGUCAGUGCUACAUUAAUCCGCAUGGGAAUGGCCUGGAUGUCUACGUAUAGUC